AUGGCUUCCGUCACUUCACUGGACAAAGACCUGCGCAACAUGCGGCUGUCCCGCUAUACCCCGCAGGCAGCCGCGGAAGUGCGCGACUGGAUCGAGGAGGUUCUACGGGAGAAACUCCCGUCCGGCGAUCUGCUAGAUGGGUUGAGAGACGGUGUGGCUCUGUGCAAGCUGGUCAAUUUGGCCGUGCCACCAGGCGUGAAAUAUAAGCAGUCGACGAUGCCAUUCGUACAGAUGGAGAACAUCUCGCAUUUCCUUCGCGCAUGCCAACUGGCACCUCUGAAUCUUCCUCCUCACGACGUUUUCCUUACGGUGGAUCUGUACGAAUCCAAGGACCCAGCGCAAGUCCUCCAGUGUAUAGCAGCAUUCAGCCGACGAGCAAAUGCUCUCGAGCCCGGCAAGUUCCCUCGUCCAGUUGGUCCACAGAGCAAGCGCGCAGUGGUGAGUCCGAAUGCAACCGGUUCGUCGGGCACUGGCUCCUUUACUAGAAAUGGUCGGGCUUCGAGCAACGCCAGCGAUGCCAACCCCCGUUCCGGGAGCCCCACAAAGCCAUCAGGGUCAUAUAGCUCAUGGAGCAAAAGAGGAGAUGAGGGAGCGACCUCGCCGGCUUGGAACAUCCACCAAUAUGGCUACAUGGGUGGAGCUAGUCAGGGCAAUCAAGGCAUUGCAUUCGGUGCUCGGCGACAGAUCACCACUCCAGGCCCAGCUGUGCCUAGUAUGGCAGAGAAAGUGAAACGUAGACGUGAGGAGGAAGACAGGAUUCGCCAGGAGAACGCGGAUAGAGAGGAAGCCGCACGGAUCCGUCAGCAAGAGCAAGAGGAAGCAGAGGCCCGGGCCAAGGCCGAGGAGGAACGUCGGUGGGAAGAGGAGACCGCUCGCUUGAGGGAAAAGGAACGCCAGGAGAUGGAAGCUGAAAAGAAGCAAUGGGAAGCGGAGAAGCGCCAGUGGGAGGAGGAGGAGCAGCGCCGCGUUGCAGAAGAGACACAAGUCGAAGAACGUUUGGAGCAAGAGCGACAGCGUCGACGGGGCGCCAACGAUGCCCGUCUCAAUGGCCAAUUCCUCAGUCAGUACCAGGCCGACCAGUCUCCUCGCAACGUCAGUGCCAGCAGCGGGGCUGGCUUACCCCAGGAGACCCAAGAAAGCCGCCGCAUCAAGGAGCUUGAGCGCGAGUUGGAAUUGGCCAAAGAGCGAGAGCACCAGUAUCAGAGCGAGCGGCAGAGUGUUCAGACUCCGAGUGGCGAUGAGACUCAGUCUCGCAGCCGCAGCCGUCAACGUCCUAUACCCGUGCCUCCCAAGCCCAGCUACGAUCUCACCUCUCUUGAACAGGAACGCCGGAUGCUUCGCGGAGAGUGGCAGAAACACCAGGACAUGCCAGCAGCCUCCGAGGAAGCCGAGGCAGCGGAAGAGCAGGCGCGCCCUCCACCUCCUCGUCCGCUACCAGAGCCUGUCCCCUCUUCGAAGCCCGUAGUCCCACCUCGCGACCUUCCUCCAGCUCCACGUCCCUUGCCGGACCCGGUGGCUUACUCUGCAAACCAUGGCCGUGAGAGCCGCGUCGACCGCUUCCUCUCAUCCAACACACCACCGCAGGCCCCUGCCCCAUCUACACACCGACCGCAAGACUACAGCACCACCUCCGAAGUCGACGCCGAAAAUAGCCGCCGUAUUGCCUCUCAGCAGAAGACUCGCGCUGGUGGAUGGGCAUCCAAAUCACUCCUGGAGCGGGAGAUGGAGCGGGAACGGGAACGCCAGCGCGAGUGGGAAGAGAACCAGAAACAAACCGAAAGUGCCGCGCGUGAUGCCUCCAUGGGCUCGGGGCCAGGCCAGAGCUGGGAUGUUCACCAAUAUGGCUACAUGGGUGGCGACAACCAGAACCGCGGCGGAACAGGCCUGGGCGUUGGAGGCGCCAGGCGCCAGAUCAUUGGCCCUCGUCCUCCGCCCUAA